AUGAAGCUUUUGUUCUUCUGCGCACUUCUAUUCAUCCUGACCAUAGGCCUAAGCGAAGUACAAGCGCAACCAUGGCCAAAAAAGAAGCCAUUGUGUCGCGACCGCAUGCAAGGACCACACUGUCAAACAAUGAAGGCAAAUGGCUGCGAUCAAGUGGCGAAAGGCACGAAAAAAGUAUCGGAUGAUGCGUUAACGAACUACAGAGCAAUGUGUGAGAAGACAUGCGGUUUCUGCGUUGAAUCAUAA